AACCUACAAGGCGUAUACAAAUAAUUAUAAUAAAAAUUGGAAAGCUAUUAUUACUUUGCCAUUUAUCAAUAUAUUGUAACAUCAAACGUGAUAAGCUUUUAAAUGAGCUAAAGUUUCUCUUUUAAAAACAUGGCAUUAUUUCCAGCGUAUCUUUCCGUGUCUGAAGAAGAUAGAAAAAAUAAUGGAAGUAAUACUUUGUUAUCAUGGAAAGAUGAGGAUUUACCUUCGGAAGCUGUUGAGAGUCAGUUACUUGCUAGUGACACAGAUGAGGAAAGUGAAAAAUAUGUACAAAAUAACGCACAAAUCAUGUCAAACAUCAAAGCUGUUCCAAGUAAAUGUGAUGAGUACUACUUGGAUAGCAUAUGUGACUAUGGCAACUUGAAUGUGUCCACGCUUUACUAUCCAGGCCGGCCUGAGUAUUACUGCAAAAAAGGUAAAAUUGAUUGUAAGAAAAAUAAGAGAUAUGUGCGGCGUUAUUACACAAGCUACAUACCACACGAGUCUGAUGCUACUGCUGUGACACAACGGGCUGAUGCAUACCAGCUGCUGCUGGCCCAGAACCCUCAAGAUGUCGCUCUUUGGGAAAAGUUUAUUGACUUUCAGGAGGUAUGCGGGAGCGCGGAGUCCGCACUGGCGGCGGCAGAGCAGGCCGCGGAGCGCGUGCCAGGCAGCGCGGUGUUGCUUCAGCGGCUCCUGGACGCGCUGGAGGCGGCGCUGCCCCCGAGGGAGCUCCUCGGCCGCUUGCGCGCUCUGCUAGCCGCCGAGCCCCGACCGGAGGCGCGCCUGCCGCUGUGGGAGCGGUUGCUGGCGGCCCUGGGGGGCGACCCCGCCGCAGACGCGGACGCGGCGACCGCCGCCGCCGCGGCCGCCUUGGCGGACACGCGCGCCGCACUCGCCGCCUACCCGCGCCUGCUGUACGCCGCCGGCCUGCAGCUGCGCGCCGCCGGCCUGUGGGAGCGCCUCGUGCUGCUGCUGGAGUUGGCCGUUGCCAUGAACCUGCCCACGCUCGGCCCCGCCCCCGCCUUCCCCCCGCCCUUCGACCCCGAGGCGUACGCCCGAGCCGAGCUCCGUCUUCAGGAGAUAGAAGAUGAGGCGACCGCGAGUGGGCUGCCUCUGAGCGCCGUGUGGGUGCGCGUGGAGCGCGCGCGAGCCGCCGCGCACUGGCGACCCGCGCCCGCCGGCCCGCCGCCCGCCGACCCGCAGCGCGCGCCGCCGCCGCACCUGCUGGCCGACCUGCUGCGCCCGCUCGCCGGCCCGCCGCUGCCGCUCGCCGCGCGCCUGCUGCGCCUCGCCAAGGUGCCGCCGCUGCCCGUCACCGACUGGGCCGCGCGCGCCCUCGGCCCGCCGCCGCUCGACUGCGCCGAGGAGAUGCUGCCCCUGCUGGCGGCCGCGGCCGACCUGCCACCCGCGCACCCCGCGCGCGCCGCCCCCGCGGUCGCGCGCCGCUUGCUCGCGCUCGCCCUGGACCCCCCGCACUACUUCAGCGACGAGUGGGGACACCUGAGCUGGACGGAGGCGCUGUGGGACGCGUGCUGCGCGGCGACGACGGGCGCGGCGCGCGGCGCGCUGCUGGCGUGGCGGCUACGCUGGCUGCGGGCGCACCUGCUGCUGACGGAGGAGGACGGGGCGGGGCGCGGGGAGCGGGCGCGGGUGCGUUCGGCGGCGCGCGCGGCGCUGCGGCGGUUGCGGUGCUCGGACCCACUGGUGGUGGCGGAGCUGGCGCGGCUGGAGUUGCUGGCGGAGGGGGGGGCGGCGGCGGCGCGCACCGCCCGCCUCGCCCUGCGCUCCGCGAUCGCCUCCUGCCCCGUCGAGCACGCCAUCUACGUCGCGAGGGUGGUCGGCGAGGUGGAAUCAGACGCUGGCGAGGGCGCGCUCGUGUACGCCGUGCUGGGCCGAGCGACGGACGCUCCCCCCUCGCCCCCCGCGCCCGCCGACCGCGUCGCCGCGCUGCAGCGGUGCGAGGAGCGCUGCGCGGAGCUGGAGCGGCGGUGGGCGGCAGGAGAAGGGGCGGGAGCGGACGAGGAGGCGGGGGAGGAGUGGGCGCUGCUGCCGGGAGCGGGCGAGUGGGCGCGCGCGCGGGCGGCCCUGGCGGACCCGCGCCGCCGCCGCCGCCUGCUCGCCGCGCUGCUGGCCGCCGCCCCGGCCGCGCCGCCGCCCGCCGCGCGAUACUACGAGGAGGCGGCGGAGGCGCUGGUGCGGGCGGCCGCCGCCGAGGGUCGCGCCGCCGUCGUCGCUCGGGCCGUCGCGCCCCUCUACCCGAACAACGCCUACCUCGCGGUCGCCGAGGCGGGCGCCCCGCUGUGGGCGAUGGGCGAGCUGUCCGCGGAGGCGCGCGCGCGGGCUCUGGCUGGCGGCGGCGGGCUGCGGCCGCUGGCCGGAGCGCUCCCGGCGCUGCUUCGUGCGCUGACCGACGCGGGCGGGUGGGGGGCUGCGGCUCGAGUCCUCCGGCGGGCGACCGUAGGGGCGCGGGGCGCGCGGGCCGGGGCGCUGGUGUGGGCGCUGCGGCUGGAGGCCGAGGCGCGAGCGGGCUGUGGAGCUGGCGGGGGGGCGGCGUGCGCGGCAGCAGCUCGUCCGGGUCACAAAUGGCUGUACGUGCGAGGUGCGGCGUUGUGCGGCGCCGACGCCCCGGCGCUUGAGGACGCGAUCCUCGAACGACGCCUGCGCUUGCAUGCGCUGAGGGACGAGCUGCCGCAAUCCUGAGUCGACCAUAAUAUUAUAUUGUAAUGUUUAUAGAGAAUAAAACGAAAAUAGAUACUUUGA